AUGACCCUCGCCCGAAUCACAGAAGUGGUUCAGCAAGCUUACUUCAACUUCUGUGAAAAGACUUGGGACAUCUCUGUGGUGAGAAUUGACCAGGUACCUGACGGUCUAGAAAUCCACUGGGCAGAUAAGACAAAGAGCAGCAAUCACUUCAGUAAAUUCCCUGAACAUCUGACAACGAGCCAGAAUGUUCGCGAAGCAACGCUCGUCGCCAUGUGUUGCAACGAGCCACUGGCACAUCUGCAUGGUCUUAUCAAAGCCCUUGUUGAAGGAAUGCCUAUCGAAAUCCAGGAACUUCAAGUCUUUCUUCGGUCGGUCAGUCAAAAGGUGACCAUCUUCAGCGAGGUCAACACUGGACAUGGGACUGCGAACUGGCCAAAUAACCUGCAUGAAAUUCUUCGCAUCAAGUCGAAGAAGACAAAUACACAGUGGGUCAUUGACAUCACCGGUGCACAAUACGGAAUCAGAAAAGCGCUAUGGGAUUGGAGAGAUUACGAGAGAAUUUACAUGGUAGAUGUAUGGAAAGAAUGUCCAUUCGGCGACAACAAGUCUUUCAUCGAUAGAUUGAGCAAAGUUCCUGGUGUCGAUGGUCUUGGUCACAAGAUUAGCAUACUUGCGGCUGGCAACCUCAAUCAGGCGAUCAAGAAAUGGGAGGCUAAUCACAAGAGUCUCGCCAAGAUGCUCAUUCUGGACGAGGAAGCAUACCAGGUCGAUAAGGCUAGCUUGCUGGAGAGCAUGGACGCCGCGGUUCGCUCCUUUGUCACGGCGAAUAACUUCAACGCUCAAUUUAGAGAGGCAAAGACCCACGACCGGAAGUACCCGGAUAAAAGUAGGCACGAAAUCAUCAUCAUGACUAAGACGUAUCGCAUGUGA